CAAAAAUUUUCUGUGAUUCAUCUCAUACUAGACGUCGGAGGAGCCACAUGUUAAUGUACUGGGCUCCCCGUGUAUGCAUCACAGGAUGGCUUGCGCAUGGUGUAAGGUCCAAGUUACCUGAUCAACGCAACAUUCAUACUCGUUACGGAGUUCCUGUUGCCAAGGGGGCCCCCAUCCUCGUAUAUAAACAUUCAGUUGUGAUGAGUUAUCUUGGUACAUGCGUCUCUUUUACCCGUAGGUCGACCCAGCCACUCUCGUCAGGCUCUUCAAGGAUCCGAUCUCGGUAGACGACACACUCCUCUGUACUACCGUCUUCUGUGCUCUCCUUGUGGGCCUUGCCACAAUGAAGACAGAAUUGUAUCAACUUCAGACUUCGCUCAUCACGAUUCCGGCCUCGGUCUUGUCCACAGCGCUACUACCUACGGGAGAUGCAGAAGCCAGCGAUUCCGGUUCCGGUUCCAAAACGGCAAUCAUUGGGGGCGUCAUAGGCUCAGUUGUUUUCUGUGUUAUCAUCCCUCUGUUUCUUAUCAUCUGGAAGACACGUCGCAGUCGGAGAGUUAGUACUAACAAUUCCGAGGAUGUCAUUGAUCCAACGACUAUACCGAAUCCGAAUCCGCUCCUUACAGAGCCGAUCGUUACGCAAAUGUCACGAUCACCAUCCCCCUCCGUUAACGCCACGUCGAUUUCGACUGUCGAAUCUCUCGCACCUGACCCUGGGGAAAGCAAUGACCUCCUGAGGAGACCACCUCAGUCCUCUCGAAACGCGUAUGAAGAAUUGAUCUCGUGGCUACAACAGCAAAUCAGACACAUGGAUGAGGAGGGGAUCAUGCGCAGUACUUCUCCACCACCAUCUUACCGCUCCUUGCACAGGAGUGAUAUCCCGGAUCCUUCUUGUUCUUCCUUGACACCACCAUGAUCAUCACCUUUAACACGAGAUUCGCCGAUGAUGUACUCCUGUCUUCUUUGUGGACUGGGUAGGACCCCAUCAUUUGUAUCACUUAACAUGCUUGUUCUACGUAUUAUUUGAAUAUAUACACCCUAGGGAUACGGACCGCUGCUGUACGAUUAGCCUUCAGUGCCUUCACUAGGACUUUUAUAAGCUUAGCUUAGUUGCAUUAUUUGAACAUCGAAUUGCUCG